GGACCAUAGUGAGUCUGCGACGCAGUAUGUACGUUGCAGGAGGCAGCUGCGGCAACGGCGUGAUUUGUGUCGAGCGCUGGAUUAGGUAUUUUGGUGGUCGAGAUGGAUGGGCAUGUGCAUGCGUGCAGAUUGAUGGGAUUUUAGUGUGCGAGGAAGCGGAAAAUUGUUCUCUUUUAGCGGUGCGGUUCUUUGGCAUUUGCUGGGCGGGAUAUGUCGGAGUUACGAUGUGGUUUGCGAGAGAGUGUCUGACGUGGCAGGGGACCUUAGUGGAUCAGCGAGGCAGCAUGUCUGCAUGGGAGUACGUGGCAGGGGGCAGCUGCGACAACGCUGUGAUUUGCGUCGAACGCUUAGUAGUUCUGGGAGUCCGCGGAGUCAUGUGUAACGGUGGUUAUUCUGCGAAGGACGGGUGUUCCGCGUUUCACGGGUAUGGCAACGGUGUGGUUGGGUCUAACUGCGCGGCGAGCACGAACUGUGUAGCGUCGGCGCUUGCAUGUGCGCCCAAAGUAUCCAAUGUGUUAGGCGCCGGCAACGCAGGCUCUCGGUCUGCAUGUACCUGCUUUUUUCAUGCAGAUCUUGAUCAUCUACAAUUCUUGUUGGUCAUUCGAACGGGCUUAGCGAAGGGCGGGCUGGGCCGACCCACGUCGGAGCAUUAA